AUGGAGGCCGCCAGACGCAUUGCACGGCCGCGAUUGCACCACAAGAAAUCCCGGACCGGAUGUACACGCUGCCGGGCCCGGAGGGUCAAGUGCAACGAAGCCAAACCCGUUUGCAAUAAUUGUUACCGCCACAAUGUCCCGUGCUACUACGACCGAGUGCCACGCCCCGCGGCGACUACGCCGGCGAAUCAGCUGCGGCCUCCGUCUUCUUCAGGAACCAACGACAGCUCGGGAGACACGGGGCGCACGCUCGAGACGCCGUCCAGGACGCCUCUAAGCGCCAGUCUUCACGACGCAUACUGGGAACUCCGCGCCUUCCACCACUUUGCCGUGGCUACGAGUGAAACACUCCCGGGGAGCCACCUCCCCGGCGUCCGGAAAUCCUGGUCGGAGCAGGUCCCCGUCCUGGCGCUGUCGUACAAGCCGCUGUGGAACCAGCUCGUGGCGCUCUCCGCCCUGCACCUCCUCGCCUCCAGCAACCACGCCGAGGACCCCGCGCUGCUCGCCUGCCGCGCCGACGCCCACAGCGCCGCGCUGCAGUCCUACCGCCCGGCGCUCGGCCAGCUGGGCCCAGAUACCGCCGAAGCCGCGUGCUUCACCUCCAUCCUGCUGCUGGUCGACACCUUCGCCUCCCUGCAGCAGCGCCGGCCGCGCCUCGACGGUUACGACCCGCCCGUGCACUGGCUGCGCGUUACGCAGGGCACCCGCGCGGUGUUUGAGGCCGCGGAGACGAGCAGCGGCAGCAGCAGCAACCCGGCAUCCGGCAUCAUGACGGUUAUCGCGUCGUCGAACCACAACCAGGCCGUCUCCUCUGGCGGCGACAGCGGCAGCCGGGAAUUUGCCUACCUCCUCGGCCCGCUCCCCGGCGACUUGGAGGCGGAAGCGGAGCCGGAGCCGGAGCAGCGGCGGGACAUUGCGCGGGCGUACGAGGAGACGGUGGACCGGCUGCGCCUGAUCCGGGCGGCCGUGGAGGCGGGCGAGCCGCUGCUGGCGCUGUGCCGGCGCUUCAUGUCGUUCGCCUGUCUGGUGCCGCCGCUGUUCGUGGACCUGGUCGAGCGCAAGGCGCCGCGCGCGCUCGCCGUUCUGGGGCAUUUCUUUGCGCUGGCGGCCUGUGCGAGGGAGCUGUGGUGGGUCGGGGACACGCCUGCUCGGGAAGUCCACGCGAUACGCGACGGCUUGCCCCCGGAGCUGCGGCACCUUAUGGAGUGGCCGUGUGAGUUCGUUGCAGAUCAGGGGGAUGGCUGA